AUGUCCGAAUACGCCCCGCUUCAAACCACAGGUUCCGGGCCCGUCGCCACCGUGCUAUGCUGUAACUGUGGUGUGCCUAUGGACGGCCGACUGGGACUUGUGAUGUGCUAUGAUUGUAUUAAGCUUAAUGUGGAUAUCACCGAGGGCAUUCCAAGAGAAGCUAACAUUUCAUUUUGCAGAAACUGUGAGAGGUUUUUGCAGCCUCCAGGCCAGUGGAUCCGUGCCCAGUUGGAGUCUCGUGAGCUUUUGGCCAUUUGUCUUCGUAGACUUAAGGGUUUGUCUAAGGUGAGGUUGAUCGAUGCGUCGUUUAUCUGGACAGAGCCCCACUCGAGAAGAAUCAGAAUCAAGUUGACCGUGCAAGGCGAGGCUUUACAGAAUACUAUUGUGCAGCAGACGUUCGAGGUGGAGUACGUGGUGAUUGCCAUGCAAUGUCCAGACUGUGCUAAGUCUUUCACUGCUAACACCUGGAGAGCCACCGUUCAGAUCAGACAGAAGGUUUCCCACAAGAGAACUUUCUUGUACUUGGAACAGUUGAUUUUGAAGCAUAACGCCCACGUUGACACCAUUUCCAUUCAGGAGACGAAAGAUGGUUUAGACUUCUUCUACUCGCAGAGAAAUCACGCCAUGAAAAUGUUGGACUUCUUGAGUGCCGUGGCCCCUAUCAAGUCGAAACGUUCCGAGGAACUUAUCAGUAUCGAUACCCAAUCUGGUCUGUCCAGUUAUAAGUUCACAUUUUCCGUCGAUAUUGCACCAAUCUGUCGUGAUGACUUGGUCGUUCUCCCGAAGAAAUUGGCCCACUCGCUUGGAAACAUCUCUCGACUUGUGAUCUGCUCCAAGGUCACGAAUUCCCUUCAGUUCUUGGACCCUAAUACGCUUCAGACGGCUGACCUCUCAGCUAACGUGUUCUGGAGAUCUCCAUUCCCCUCGCUUUUGGAUGUUCCUCAGCUUGUGGAGUUUAUCGUCUUGGACGUCGAGCCCACUGGUGACGUCAAGGGCAAGCAUGUUUUAGCAGACGUUACCGUUUGUAGAGCCAGCGACUUGGGCGUCAAUGACCACUCUUUCUACAUCCGUUCGCAUCUUGGUGGUAUUUUGCACCCAGGUGACCUGGCCCUUGGUUACUACCUUACCAACACAAACAUCAACUCUGACUUGUGGGACACAUUGGAUACCGACAACACGCCAGAGGUUGUUUUGAUCAGAAAGCACUACACAAGAAAGAACAAGAAGAUGAAGAACAGACAGUGGAAGUUGAAGAGAAUGGCACGCGAGCACAACGAUAUUGUGGCAAACGACGACUCCAGACAGGCCAAACAGGAGCAGGAGCGUGCCGAGAGAGACUACGAAUUGUUCUUGCAGGAGUUGGAAGAGGACCAGGACUUGAGACAGACCAUCAACUUGUACAAGGCUGGUGAGGAGCCAGUCCGUCGUCCAGAGGAUGAUGAAACUGACAUGGACGACGAUGAACAUGAUGCUCCAGAGAUUGGCAUUGACGAGUUGUUGGACGAAAUUGACGGCAUGACUUUGGAGUAA